GAGAUUCUCACAUUCUUCCUAACCAUGUCCGGGAGGGGGAAAGGCGGAAAAGGCUUAGGCAAAGGCGGCGCUAAGCGCCACCGCAAGGUCCUGAGAGAUAACAUCCAAGGCAUCACCAAGCCCGCAAUCCGGCGUCUCGCUCGGCGCGGAGGUGUCAAGCGGAUCUCAGGUCUCAUUUAUGAGGAGACCCGGGGUGUGCUGAAGGUGUUCCUGGAGAACGUCAUUCGGGACGCAGUCACCUACACGGAGCACGCCAAGCGCAAGACCGUCACCGCCAUGGACGUGGUGUACGCGCUCAAGCGCCAAGGACGCACCCUGUACGGCUUCGGAGGCUAAGCCGCCGCUUCAGCUCUGCCUGUCUUGACCCCAAAGGCCCUUUUUAGGGCCAACCAUAUAGUCAUCAAAGGAGCUGGGCACUCAAUGGUGUGGGGUGGAACAGCAACAAUACCGGAA